AUGGACGUUCUUCCAACAGGAUACGGAAAGAGUAUCAUCUACCAAAUACUCCCAAAGGUUUUAUCCGAAUUGCGAUACAACCAUACAGGGGAUAGAAAGACAGCUACAGCUAUCGUGGUCAGUCCACUCGAGCAGAUUCGUAAGCAGCAAGUAGAAAGACUGAAUUUAAGGGGAAUCGAAUCUGCUUCACUCGUGGACGUUAAGGCUAGUGACGUUACAAUGCUUUUGCGAAUUCGAGGUCCUUUUCGGAAGUGCUAA